AUGGGUCCUUUUGUGAGCUCAUAUGGGAACCAGUACAUCCUUGUAGCAGUUGAUUAUGUCUCAAAGUGGGUUGAGGCCAUUGCCUCCCCAACCAAUGACUCUAAGGUGUUAUGCAAGCUCUUCAAGAGUAUCAUCUUCCCAAGGUUUUGGGUUCAUAGAGUGAUAAGUGAUGGUGGCACACAUUUUGUGAACAAGACUCUAGAGGGGUUGUUAAGGAAGCCUGGUGUCAAACACAAGAUAUCAAGUCCAUAUCACCCUCAGACUAGUUGUCAAGUGGAGGUUUCUAAUAGGCAGAUCAAGGCCAUUUUGGAGAGAACAGUGAGCAACUCAAGGAAGGAUUGGAGCAAGAAGUUAGAUGAUGUUCUUUGGGCGUAUAGGACUUUCAAGACACAUAUUGGCACAUCUCCCUUCAACCUUCUCUAUGGAAAGAGCUGCCACUCACCAGUAGAGCUUGAGUACAAGGCUCUCUGUGUUGUUAAAAUGUUGAAUUUUGACAUUAAGACAGCCCAAGAGAAGAGGAUUCUUCAGUUACAUGAGCUAGAAGAGAUAAGACUCAAUGCUUUUGGGAGUGCAAGGAUUUACAAAGAAAAGACCAAGAUCUUGCAUGAUCAGAAGAUUCUUAAGAGGGAAUUCAAGGAAGGAGACCUUUUUCUCUUGUUUACCUCAAAGCUCAAGCUCUUUCCUGAUAAGUUAAGGUCAAGAUGGUCAGGAUCAUUCAGGGUUUUAGAGGUUAGAAGGUAUGGAGCAUUGGUCUUCGAGGGAAAGGAUGAAAAGGGUUUUGUUGUGAAUGGACAAAGAGUCAAGCAUUACCUGAUUUCAGAGAAGAGAGAGGAAGCUUCUACAGUUCCUCUUUAUGAUCCACCAACCUGUCCCAGGGCACGCGGCUUGAACCGAGGAGAGACCGAGUCGCACGAAUACGCGCAAAAGAGACCUGCUUGGUCUUGCGAGUUGAUUCAGGAGAGACCAGGCCGGACACAAAAGGAAGAGUCCAAGGCAUUCAAGGGAGGAAAAGUGCGGAUGACUGAUAGAACCAAGGCCAUUGCUCGCAUGAAGAAGAGUCUUGCAUCAAAAGACAAGAGCUUGGUCUCAGAGUCCUCAAGGCCAAAAGGAAAUGGAAAAGGCACCUAA